ACCCAGGCGCUCUCUCAGUUCGUCGGCUUUCUUUCCUGCCCGAGCUGAGAUUUCAUACAAGCCCACGAACAGGACAGCACAAGAGACGCCAGAACCCUCCAUCCGCACAACACUCGCAAGAUAUUUAGCACUUGUAGCGUUAAAUCCAGUCGAGUGGGUGUAGUACCUUCUAUAUAACCUUUCAAAUAACAGAAAAAUGUCUUGGCAAAGCUACGUGGAUAACCUGAUGGCCGAUGGCAGCUGCCAGGAUUCCGCCAUUGUUGGCUACACGGACGCCAAAUACGUUUGGGCAUCUACAGAGGGUGGUACUUUUAGCGGUAUAACGCCUGAUGAAAUCGAUGUCAUCAUUGGCAAAGACCGAGAGGGCUUCUUUACCAGUGGGAUGACUCUAGGGAAAAAGAAGUGUUCUGUGAUCAGAGACAGCCUUCACAUGGAAGGGGACUGGACAAUGGACAUCAGGACAAAGAGUCAUAAUGGAGAGCCGACGUACAAUGUUUCCAUAGGCAGAGCUGGCAAAGUAUUGGUUUUAGUCAUGGGAAAGGAAGGUACCCACGGAGGAUCGCUCAACAAGAAAGCAUUUGGCAUGGCUGAAUACCUGAGGAAAGUUGGAUACUAAAGCAGCCCCUUCCCAUCCAUCCACACAGCAGCUCACUUUAAUACACCACAGCACCCUCCACCCCUCAUCCUUACUCCCACCCCAUCCCCUUUGUCAGCUUGACAACACUACCAGAAAAAGUUAGAUACAUUGUUGUCUCUCUCCAAAUCUGUUAAUUUUUUAUAGAGAGGUUUUUCUUUUGUUUAAUUGUCCUUGUUCUUUAUUUUUUCCAUGUUUUGACCUCUUUAUUGUGCCACAGUAAAUCAAGCAUGUUGAUUUUAUUAAAAAAAAA